AUGACUUUGUUAGGACGAAAAAGAAGGAGACCCCGACACACAAGCGCCAAACACUCUGAAGACCCGACGCACUCAGACACCCGUCCCCGUCCCGCUCUGUCAGACGAGAGACAUUCGACGCCAGACACACAGGUACAGGUGCCUGCGUCUGCCUCUCGUGCCUCUGCAUCCACGACUGUAUCUGCGGCUUCCUCCCCGACGUCGUCCGGAUCAACAUCCGUAGCCUCCUUUUUCUCCCAGUAUCCAUUAUGGUUUUCUCUACAAAAACCGGCAGGCUAUGUAAUUACACUCGGCAGCCAAGGGGCGAGAAUGAGAAGGGGAUCGGAGAAAAAGACGUACCAAGCAAACCCAAGAGUUGCCGAAGCUGCCAUUCAAUGCGAGGACCAAUUUCAAAAAUUCGACCUGGCAGAUGGGCUGCAUUCGCGGCCGCGCAUCGUCACUUGA